UUGGAAAUUUCCUUAAAUAUCUUUCUAGCGCAAACAGCAAUACACAAGGAUGAAUUGAAUCAAGAAAUUCGGAGGCGCUACGGUGAUUUUAAAGAGGACUGCUUCCCGAAACCAUCUGGAGGAUGCAGAUGCAAUGAAAAGGAUGCUGCUGGCAAUGUCGUGGUGAGGCGAUACGACGAUGAAAAGCAAUGCAAAAUUCCAGAGGUAAAUCGUUAUUUGUGUUCCGGUGCCGUUCUUGACCGGAAUGGUGCGGUAGAAAAGGCUAACAGUGUCGUCCAGGGUAAUGGGAUUUUACUGAUGGUGCCUGUCUGCCUGAGUCAGCUUUUUGAUCCGAUAAAUUGGUGCUUAUCGUCUGUCUCGGUUCAGACCAGAUUUUAUGUUGAAUGCAGUGGAUUGCGGGCGCCAGAUCCAGCGUAA